CAUUCUCCUCCUCGCAUCUCUGCCACGAUGCUGGGCGCCGUUGGAAGGGUCUGCUCCUCUGCGCUUAAGGCGGCUAAGCCCGCCGGAAGCGUUCAUUCUUUCCAAAAGCAGGUUCUCCCUGCUCUCUAUCACACAGGCCAGUCGCAGAAUGCGCCGGCUGCAGCUGCGCCAGCCGCGGCGGCGGCGCCCGGCGGCCAGAUCACGGCCGUCAUCGGCGCCGUCGUAGACGUGCAGUUCGAGGGCGAGCUGCCGCCCAUCCUGAAUGCGCUGGAGGUGAAGAACCGCGAGCCGCGCCUCGUGCUGGAGGUGGCCCAGCACCUCGGUGAGAACACGGUGCGCACGAUCGCCAUGGACGGCACAGAGGGUCUGGUACGCGGCCAGAAGGUGGUCGACACCCAGUCCCCGAUCAAGAUCCCCGUCGGCCCCGAGACGCUGGGCCGCAUCAUCAACGUCAUCGGCGAGCCGAUCGACGAGCGCGGCCCGGUGGCGACGGACAAGCGGGCUGCCAUCCACGCCGAGGCGCCCGAAUUCGUCGAGAUGAGCGUCACCCAGGAGAUCCUGGUCACCGGCAUCAAGGUGGUCGACCUGCUCGCCCCCUACGCCAAGGGUGGCAAGAUUGGCCUGUUCGGCGGCGCUGGAGUCGGCAAGACUGUGCUCAUCAUGGAGCUGAUCAACAAUGUGGCCAAGGCGCACGGUGGCUACUCGGUGUUCGCCGGCGUGGGCGAGCGCACGCGCGAGGGCAACGACCUGUACCACGAGAUGAUCGAGGGAGGCGUCAUCUCGCUGUCCGACAAGUCGUCCAAGGUGGCGCUGGUGUACGGCCAGAUGAACGAGCCUCCGGGCGCGCGCGCGCGCGUGGCGCUGACCGGCCUCACGGUGGCCGAGUACUUCCGCGACCAGGAGGGCCAGGACGUGCUGCUCUUCAUCGACAACAUCUUCCGCUUCACGCAGGCGGGCUCCGAAGUGUCCGCCCUGCUCGGCCGCAUCCCGUCGGCCGUCGGCUACCAGCCCACACUGGCCACCGACAUGGGUAGCAUGCAGGAGCGCAUCACCACCACCAAGAAGGGCUCCAUCACCUCCGUGCAGGCCAUCUACGUGCCGGCCGACGAUCUGACGGACCCGGCGCCGGCCACCACGUUCGCCCAUCUGGACGCCACCACCGUGCUGUCGCGCGCCAUCGCCGAGCUGGGCAUCUACCCGGCCGUCGACCCGCUCGACUCCAUCUCGCGUAUCAUGGACCCGAACGUGAUCGGCGCGCACCACUACGGCGUGGCGCGUGGCGUGCAGAAGAUCCUGCAGGACCACAAGUCGCUCCAGGACAUCAUCGCCAUCCUGGGCAUGGACGAGCUCAGCGAGGAGGACAAGCUGACGGUGUCGCGCGCGCGCAAGAUCCAGCGCUUCCUCUCGCAGCCGUUCCAGGUGGCCGAGGUGUUCACAGGCUUCGCUGGCAAGUUCGUCUCGCUGCAGCAGACCAUCGACGGCUUCUCGGAGAUCCUGGCCGGCAAGCACGAUCACCUGCCCGAGCUGGCCUUCUACAUGGUCGGCCACAUCGAUGAGGUGACGGAGAAGGCCGAGAAGCUGGCGGAGCAGACCUCAGGAUAGACGCGCCCGCUGCCCCCCAUAGCUAUUCCUGGUGCCGGCGCGGCGGGUCGCGGGGCCGCGCGGGAGUGAGAGAGCGUGAGCGAGAGCUGUUACCGGCGCGCGGGGCCGGGCUGGCGGCCGGGCCCGCGCCCUUUGAUACAAAGCUGUCAGCGGUUUGUGACUGUGGGUGAUGUGGCGGGAUCCGUGCUGGCAAUACACGGGCUUCGCCGAGGAGGA